AUGGUCGGACCUUCUUUUUACACCCACAACCUCGCCAUCAAACCCACCGCCACCACCGUCAAGUUCCUCUGUAGCUAUGGCGGCAAGAUCCUCCCCCGUUACCCUGAUGGCAAACUCCGUUACCACGGCGGCGAAACUCGUGUCCUUGCCGUCGAUCGAUCCACCACUUUCUCUGAGCUACUUGUGAAGCUAGGAGAGUUGUGUGGGACGACGUCGGUGAGUCUCCGGUGUCAGUUGCCGACGGAAGAUUUAGAUGCGUUGGUGUCAAUCACCUCCGAUGAAGAUCUGGCCAAUCUCAUCGAGGAAUACGAUCAAGCGGCACCACCGCCGUCAUCUCUAAAGAUAAGGGCUUUUCUUUCCCAACCCAAAUCCACCAAAAAGGUCUCUCCUCCUCCUUCAAUGGCCUGCUCAUCUACAUCACCUAAAUCAUCACCGCCCAAUUCCGCCGUUGCUGAUGGUGGUACUGGUUCCAGUAUUCCCAGGUUUCCAUUACCGCCCACUGGUCGGUGCGUCCACCGGAAAGCAAAACCGGUGGUGUUUCCAUUAUGCUAUGAGAAAUCAGCCGGAAAGCUUCCCAAGUAUGCUUACCAUGGUCAUGGUCAUGGAAGUGGAAACUCCAGCCACAUAUAUAUGAUCCACAAUGGCCAUCACGGGCAAUAG